AUGGGUGGGACUGGAAUGUGGGAGGCCCAGGAGUCUUGCCUGCCCAGCUCUGAGCAACGGACCUGGCAACGGGGUGAGUCUGACAAACACACCUGGCCUUCUGGAGCCGUCUCCAUUGUCUAUAUCCUUGGGCCACCAUGGUGCUGCUCAGAUCGCCACAGCCUCCCCUGGUUCACGAAUGUCUCCGAGAGCCAGGGCCCUGGCACCAUUCUUCAGUCUUUCAUUUUCAACUGUUCCUUCCACAUGCCGACCCUGGAAUUACUCCAUGUGCAGCCACCCACUACCUUCUUCAACCCGCCCAGCCUGACUAGGUUUCAGGGGCAAUAUUUGGGCAAGGUGACCCUGAGCAGCUCAGCUCGGCUUGAUGCUCUGGCGGUGAACCACUAUGAGCUGCAGCUGCGGUUUACGUGUGGCAACCAUGUGAUGGAGGGGCCGCUCUCUGUGGAUGUACACCAGGACCUUGGUCAUGUCCAGUGUGCUGGCCGAUUUGCCAGCCCAGCUGGGGAAAUCAUUCAGGUACCGGAGACAGUCACACCCAGGGCACGGCUAUAUACUCUGCUGCUCCCAGGUCUGGAACUCCAGGGAGCCCAGAUGAACAUCACCAGUGCCCAGGACCCUCCACACUUCCCUGGACCUUUCUCUAUCAAUGGGCAGGGUUGGCUGCAGGCACCAGCCCAGGGCCUCAAAGGCCAGGCACAAAAGGUCUUCCAGCUGUGGAUCUUGGUGAUGUUUGGACAAGGCCAAAGCUGUCAGGGGAUGCUGACAGUUAAGGUUUUGCCUGCUGUCUCCAGUCAGGUCUCCUUCCUGAAGCAGAACCAGAACAUCACCAUCCCAGAGAACCUGGUCCUUGGGAGCGAUGUGGUUAAGGUUCAGACCCGGGGCUUCGAUGUGCGAUAUGAAAUCCUCUCCCCGGUGCCCUGCCCGCUCUUCUCUAUUGGACGCGCCGACGGAGUGGUCCGGACCACCGCGCCCCUGGAGAUGGCCCGGGCAACAGGUGCGGCCAUCACCAGGCUGCAGGUGAAGGCCUUCGAGCAGUUUCGGCCGUGGGUCAGCGCCGAGCUGGAUUUCACCGUGAACGUGCGGUCCGUCAACCGCUGGCCCCCGCGCUGCCUCCCGGCGCUGCUGGUGACUCAAAUCCCGGAGACCGCACCUGUGGGCACCGUGCUGAACACCUUUACUUGUGCGGACCCCGACUCAGGCGGUGACACUCUUGACUACCAGCUGCUGUUCCACAGCCCUCCCGGCCCAGCCAGCCUCUGCCUUCGCGACAGGGCCCUGGAGGUGAACGCCUCACUGGACUGUGACACUCCUGGGGCCUGUUUCCAGCAUGCAGCCUCCAUUAUGGUGUUGGAUGGAGGUCAGCCCCCUAUGACCACUGAGGUGCCAGUACUGGUGAUGGUGACACCUGUCAACGAGUUCUCCCCAGCUUGUGCCCCACGCACCUUUCGGAUUCAGGAGGAUGCAGAGCCCCACACACUGCUGGGCUCCGUGGUGGGCACCGACAUGGAUUACCCACAUGACAGCAUUGAGUACUACACUUCUGGUGGACCCGCCAUCUUUGCUGUGGACCGUCUCAGUGGGGAGGUUCACCUCCUGGCACCUUUGGACUAUGAGCAACAGAGGUUAUACAGGCUCACUGUCCUGUUGACUGACUAUGGCCAAGACCAGGACCCCACCUGCCACCGCUCAGGGUCCUGCACCAUUACUAUCGAGGUUGAGGAUGUGAAUGACCAUGCACCCGAAUGUGAGCCCCCGUUCCAAGAACUCACCAUCCAAACACACUCAGGCCAUAGUGUGGAGGUGACCAAGAUGUCAUGUCAGAUCCCCCAGGAGCCACAGCGCCUGGCCUUUUCCUACAGCAUUGUGGGAGGGAAUAGCCAGAGCCGAUUCAGCCUGCAAGGCGCCAUCCUGGUGCACAGUGACCCCGUGUUGGGGCCUCCUUGGCCAGAGGAACCCCAUACCUAUGAAAUAUUGAUCCGUGUGGCCGACGCAGGUCCCUCUACACCCCACUUCAGCACUACAGCCACCGUCAUUGUGCAUCUAGUUCCCCGGAGGGCCAGCACAGUUGCCACCAGCACUCAGACAGCCACAGUGCCCUCAAUGAUGACACCCCUGCUUGUGACAGACACAGAGGCUUUCUGGCAGCCAGAGCCUUGGUUUGUGGUGGUGCUGACGGUGACUGGCACCCUUCUCCUCUUGGCUCUGGGCUGGCUCCUCAGCAGGCUCUUUGGGAGCAUCCAGGGAACUGAGGCAUCCGUUGAGGGGUUCAUGGAGGCAUCAAGGACGGAGACAUCCCAGGGACCCAGCAGUGUCAUGAGCCUGCAGCAUUUUGAUGGCAGAGCACAGGACUCCCGUACAGGCAGAGAUUACCUUUUCAACACACGCACAGGAGCCCGGCGGUGGCUCUGAGGCCAAGCAGGUGUCUCACUACAUGUGGAAUUUCUUCUUCACGUGAUCAAGGCCUGUGUUUUCAAGUUGAUUCAAUAAUAAACAAAAUCACAACCCCCAAUGUCCCAGUA